AUGUUCUCUGCCAUAGCGACUGCUCCGGCCAAGCAGUCGGUAGGCGAAACGAUCUCCGUCCUCAGCGGUCGUCUGAGCUCGGCCACUCUCCUCGAGGACCGUCGCGCCGCCAUACAAGGGCUGCGCAGCUUCGCGAAGGACUACCCAGCUUCUGUAUCCUCUGGAGCUCUGCGCAGCCUGAUAGGCUGUCUCAGCAAUGAUGGACAAGACGUGGACACGGUCAAGGUGGUUCUCGAGACCCUACUGAUGCUCUUCAACCCCAACGAGGGCAGCCCCGAAGCUUCAGAAGAAAUCGCCCUGUGGUUGGCCGACGAGUUUACACAGAGACAAGAGAACAUCACGCUACUGCUUGAUUUUCUAGAGACCACCGACUUCUACUCCCGACUGUACUCCCUCCAGCUGCUCAUAGCUAUCCUCUCUGCGCGAACAGAACGCACCGAAGAAUGUGUCUUCACAGCGCCCCUCGGCAUUUCCAGGCUCGUGGCCAUACUCGACGACCGAAGAGAAGCCGUCCGGAAUGAAGCCGUCACCCUGCUCAUCUAUCUGACCCCCUCAAACGUUGACAUACAAAAGCUAGUCGCUUUCGAAGAUGCCUUCAAGAGAAUAUUUACAAUCAUCUCCUCAGACGGCUCCCUCACGGAAGGCGGCCAGAUCGUGGAGGAUUGCUUGAUAUUGCUGGCGAAUUUGCUGAGGUUGAAUGCUUCCAACCAAACUCAAUUUCGCGAAACAGGAUGCGUACCUGAACUGGCACAACUGCUCCAGAGCGCAUACAAGCCCCCGGAGGACGGUGAGGAGGUGGCACCUUGGGCACAGUCUCAGCGUAACCGAAAUGUAUAUGCGUUGCUAGCAGUCAUUCGCCUAUUCCUCGUUCGUGGCGCUGUUGGCACGAUGCAAAAUCAGAGCGCUUUCUGGCAAUAUCAUCUUCUAUACCACGCCCUACAACUUGCCUUCAGCCACUCCGCUGAGAACCCUAUCAAGGCCGAGGCACUCGUGACUUGCGCCGAUAUUAUCAGGGCCAACCCAACACUCCAGGAGAAUUUCGCACAGCUCCAAGUCCCCUCGCCGCUUGAGAUCCCAGUGGACGGAAAUGGUGCUCAGGCCAACGGUGUCCCCAAAAUCUAUGUUAUUGACGGUCUUUUGGACCUCACUCUGUGCGUUCACAGUCUACAGGCCUUCGACAUACGGAUGGCGGCGUGUGAAACCUUGAAGGCUUACUUCUUCAACCACCCCGGGAUUCGCGAGCAUUUUCUUCGGCGAGCCAUCGAAGGGCAUAAGUCAGGAACUAUCGAGGACGCAAACAUUUUGACGACCCUGCUUCGGUCGCCAACCGAAGAAUCGACAGUUGACCCUUACAGACACUGGUUCGCAGCAUGCAUCAUGCUGCAUCUCGUUUUCGAAAAUGCGACAACCAAGGAACUUGCGAGACAAGUUACAGAAGGGAACGAGGCAGAAGGGGAGGAGGUAGUGACCAGCAUUCAAAUCAUCACUUCACACCUGAUCGGAAGUCUCUCACGAAACGACGAUGAGCGCAUCACUAUCGGAUAUCUGAUGCUCCUGCUCUGUUGGCUGUUCGAGGACUUAGAUGGAGUGAACGAGUUGCUAGAGGAAGGUAGCAACGUCCAGCGCCUCAUCCAAACCGUCGUGAAGAACAGCUCUAGUGAAACACUGGUUCAGGGUCUCUGCGCCAUGAUGCUCGGUGUGGCAUAUGAAUUUUCUACCAAGGACUCCCCGAUACCACGAGGAACUCUGCAACCGCUGUUGAUGUCCAACAUGGGCCGUGACAGGUAUAUCGAUAAAAUGAGCAAAUUGCGAGCUCACCCACAUGUGCGGGACUUCGAGAUGAUCCCGCAAAAGCUUGAUCCUUCGACCGGCAAACUUCCUGAGGUCUACUUCGACGAGACAUUUGUCGAUUUCUUCAAGGACAACUACAGCCGCAUCCUGCGUGCCAUCGAUAGAGACCCCGGGAUGGAGAUCUCAGUAAUCACCAACGGUGUCCAGAAAGGAAUAUCGCGAGAGCUCGUCGACUCGCUGCGGUCUCAGCUGGAUGAGAAGGAGAAGGCCCUGCAAGGAUGCCAGGCGAGCCUCGCCCAUCUUGAGCAACAGCUUGGCCAGGAGCGCGCAGAUACGAGACGCCUCAAGGAAACCUCCUCAGUCGAGCUCACGCGAAUAAAGUCCGUCAACGAGAGUCUUCAGAGAAACCAUGAGGCAGAAAUCCGGCAGCUGCACGAGCAAUACAGUGCGAGAGAGGCCGAGCUUCAGAGACACGUUGAGACGGCGCGGAAAGAAGCUGCGUCCGAGAUCGAAAGACUUCAGAAGAGGGCCGAUACAGCGCAGAAGGAGGCUGCGGCCGAGGUAGAGAGCCUUCAGAAGAAGGCCGAGGUCGAUCUCAAAGCAAAGAUUGAAGCGUACGAGAAGCAGCUCCGACUCAAGGAGGAAGAAUAUCAAAACCAGCUGGCGUUGAAGGAGGAGGAGUAUCAAAAGCAGUUGGCAUUGAAGGAUGAGCAGCGCACCCGCGAGGUCGAGGAAGUUCGCAAGCAGACGCAAGAAGGCCACAGGCGUAGACAGUCCGAGGCAGAUCGGUCGUCAAGGCGGGCAGAGGCAGAAAAGGCAGAUCUGAAGGCCACAAUUAGCAGGCUCGAGGUGGACCUUAUGAAGGCAAACAAGAGCAAGACACAGGAUGCAUCAGCAGCCAAGGAGGCCGCAGAACGUGCUGCAAAGAAGGCUGCUGAACUGGAGAAGAAGGUCAAGGACCUGGAAUCAAAGACCAAAGAGGCCGAGGCACUUGUCCAGCAGAAAGAGACGGAGAAGGAGUCUACACAAGGCGAGCUGGAUGACAUGCUGAUGCUCUUUGCCGAUGCCGAGGAGAAGGUCAACAAGUACAAGGAGAAACUCAAGGCCUUGGGCGAGACCAUCUCAGAUGAUGAGGACGAGGACGAGGAUGAGGACGAAGAUGAAGAUGAAGAUGAAGACAGCGAAAAGGAAGACAAGCCAGGCGAGAAGGGUGAGAACGACGUGGACUAG